CCCAGUUCUCGCGAGGCUUCCGCUUUGACGGGAAGCGGUGGCAGCGCCGCGUGGGGUACGGAUGCGCUCGGAGGACGGAGCCGGGGGCCCCGGUGUGGCCGUUGCUAUGCGGGGUCCGAGCGGGAGGGAGAAACCAUCAUCCUCAGAAAGCCAAUUCCGCCGGGAGUCUCCGCGGCGGGAGGCCGAAGCGCCGCUGGCCUCCUCCUCCGGCUGUGGGAGCGGCGCAGGCAAACCUCGCGAGGAAAAGAGGACGGUCUUGAGCAAAGUGGUCAUACGGCGGCUUCCCCCCAGCCUCACCAAGGAGCAGCUGGAACAGCAGCUGCACCCUCUGCCUGCACACGAUUACUUCGAGUUCUUUACUGCUGAUGUCAGUCUUUAUCCUCAUCUCUACUCAAGAGCAUACAUUAACUUUAGAAAUCCAGAUGACAUCCUUCUUUUUAGAGAUCGUUUUGAUGGAUAUAUCUUCAUUGAUAGUAAAGGGCUAGAGUAUCCUGCAGUGGUAGAAUUUGCUCCAUUCCAGAAGAUAGCAAAAAAGAAGCUAAAGAAAAAAGAUGCCAAAACCGGAAGCAUUGAAGAUGACCCAGAGUAUAAGAAAUUUUUAGAAACUUACUGUGUGGAGGAGGAGAAAACUAGUGCCAGUCCUGAAACUCUUCUGGGAGACAUAGAGGCAAAGACACGAGAACUUAUUGCUAGAAGAACCACACCUCUCUUGGAAUAUAUUAAAAACAGAAAAUUAGAGAAGCAGCGAAUUCGAGAAGAAAAACGAGAGGCACGGAGGAGGAGGGAGCUGGAAAAGAAGCGCCUACGGGAAGAAGAGAAGCGGAGGCGGCGGGAGGAGGAGAAGUGCAGGAGGAAAGCAGCAGAAAAGCAGAAGAAAAUGGUGGUGGAGAAGGAAGUAAGGAUGAAGCUUCUCAAAAAACCAGAAAAGGGAGAGGAACCGAGCACAGAGAAACCAGAAGAAAGAGCGGAGGAGAUCGACCCUGGAGACGGGAGGUGGGAGCCCUGUCCGAGUGGGACCGUCCUGAAGCCCAGGCCCUCGGAGGGCUCGCUGGAGGAGCUCCGGGAGAGGUCACAAAAUGACAGUGAUAAAGAGCAAAGGGAUAAGGAGAGAAGAUCCCAAGAAAAAGAACUUGAAGCACAGCGAUGCCACUCGGAUGACAGCAGGAAACACAGAGCCCACUGUGAGCUGGAGAAAUGUGCGGGAAGAAGCGGAGAAGAGCUGGCGUGGGGGAAAGGACUGGCCGCAGACCGAGGGAGGAAAGGAAGCCAGGAUGGUGGCUGCCCUACGGAAGCGGCUGCCAGGCUGGGAAGGGAGAAGAGUGAAGACCGGCCAGCACCCAGAAAGGAGCGCACGGGAAACAAGGACCGGCCAGGCUUGCAGCUCUACCAGCCCAGAGCUCGCAUCCGAGCCCGUGACUGUGAUGGACGACACCCCGAGGAGGGCCGCGACGGGAGGAGGGGUGAGGUGGAAGACUCAACGGUGGCUUUAGCUGAGAAGAGUGAAGAGGCGGUGUGGGGCGACAUGCAUGUUGGUGAUGUGGGUCGGGGCUCCCCACCUCAACACUCUGUGGAUUUGAGAGGGCGUUCCUUCCGGAAGUGUAUAAAUUAGCCUGGGAUAAAACCUGCACACUGAAUUUACUCCUAGUGAAGAAAUGAGAAACCAGAACUAUAAAGGUGGCAUAGAAAUACAAGAAACCAUUCUUAAGUAAUCUUUUAAAACUUUGAACAGAGUUACAGAUUUUACCAUUUCUGUUAUAAACUGGUAUAUAUAGUUUAACCAGAACCAAAAGAAAACUAGUAUUGUGUGAAUUCUGAAGCACUUUCAACAUGUUGUAGGAAUUCCGUGGACUUUGAGUUUUACGCAUUCAUGAGUAAAUGGUCUGUAUCUCGUGCCUUUGUUGGUUUUCUAUGAACUGUAGUUUCUUGGAAGUGAGCAGCUCUCAUUCCUUGUAACUCUUGUAAUUCGGUCACUCAUGUACCUCCUUUCAUAAGAAUUCACUAAGGCUGUGGUGCUGUUGUCCCUCUGAUAGGAACUCUAACUCUGUAUAAAGCCCCAAAGGUCUAAUUGUUGCCCUUUUAACACUAUGGCCACUGAAUUAACAAAAAUAGUUCCAGUCUUUUUGAUGGGGUGCUCAUGGUUUAUAACAUACAUGGCAUUAUUUUGAAAGAGGGAUAACUUAGGUAUGGCAUUGGGUAUUUUUCUUUUUGCAGCCUGAGGCAGUUGUAAAAUAUCUUAACGUAGCUUUUUGCAACUGUGUAUUCUAUAAUAUUUUUUCUUUUGGUGAAAUUUUAAAUGUUAAUGUUUUUGGCAUUGUGCUUUUUGUACCAUUUAUUAAAUAAAAAUUUUAGUUGCUAUGAAUUUGAA